AUGUUAGGAAACCAAGAAUCACAGGGAGAGCCACAGGAUAAGCUGUCUUGUCAGUUAGAGCCCGAUCAAGAAGUUGCAGCGGUACUAGGAACAGGUAUAAAAUGAAAAGGGAGUGAUUCAAGCCACGUGGUGGCUGAUCUACACAAUAUAUGUAACCUGUGGAUUCAUAUAGCGAUCACCUGUUGCUCAAAUGUGUUAAAAACUCACAGCCUAAAUAUAUGAAAAAUUAAACCACAACUUGUGGAAGUUAAGGGCUAUUUGAAAACAGAGUGUAUAAUUAUGCACAUGCAUAACAUAGAGCCUUAAAGAGGCAUAUUGAGGAAAAAAUAACUCAAUCAUGCCGAUUUUAGGAAGCCUGAGUCGCAGACGGAAUGAAUCCCCGGUUAGUAACGUCUGCAAAGCAGAGCCAAGAUCCUCGUUCUGGGCCCCCAACAUACUCAACAACCUAAAAUGUGUUUCAAAUUUCCUUUCAACCUGAAUGGCAAAUCAACAAUAGCUUUUUUAAUGGGCCAUUCAUGGUGCAUACUCAAAUCCUAGUACACAGAUAAGGGCCUAGAACAAGGAUUUUGUCACUGUUUUGCAGACGGACUUAACCAGAGUUAAGUUUUGUCGGUGACACAGGCUAAUUUUAGGGAGUAUGUUUUAAGAAUGCAUUAUAUUUCUUGACAGAAGCUCAUUUUGCUCAGUCUGGCCACCUGUUGGUCAAGAAAGGCCCAAGGUCUUCAUCAACAAAAGAGUUGACUGGUGGAUUCAAGGUGAGUCCUCACUUUUAAAAUGAGGCUUAUAUUAAAGGUAUGUCCCAUUUUCUGCAAAAUCAUCUCAAGUACUGUCCAUAUUCACAAGCAGUGGUAAACCUGAAAUCAACAGUAUUGUGAGUUCGAUCAUAACCAACUAAAUUAGUACCAUAAAUAACUUGUUUAGGUCCUGCCUCAAAAGCCACCUUUCUACUAUCUCUUUCCUGGGAGGUGGUGGGGUGGGGGGGGGGCAGCGCUCCCCAUAACGGUCUUGAAAGGGGGACUCCGCCCAAAAGAAGUACCCUUUUCAGGCUUCAGGUAAAUAAAAAGUUAGGGAUUUAAUGAAUGAAAGUAUAUGAAAGGGCAGCAAAAUCUGUCAUUUUAUUAAAAUAUUUCAAGCAAAUGACAAGGGCAUGAAUGCACCUAAACUAAGGCUGUAUAUUUUCAUUCCAUUUGCCAUGUUCUCCCAAUGUAUCAUUCGGCUGUACACAGGCUAUUCAAAGAUGCAUCUCUUCUGUCAGGAAUGGUAUAUAUGAUAAGGGGUUGGACCUCAGGGCAUAACCUCCCUGUAUAAAACUUUGUUGAUUACCGUAGUCCCAGGUCCCCUUCUUAGAGAAAGAAGGUGGUUAAGCCCCCACCUCACUGAUCAUCCUUCUGCUGAUACAGAAUUAACAUUUUUUAUUUGUAUUUGUAUACAGCUGGAGCAAGAGAUCAAGGAAUAUGUGAGCACUACUGAUAAAGCUGCCGCACAAUGUAAGCUGCAAAUCUAAUAAUUUAAUAGCAAUCAAAACUGAUAUGACCAUAAACAGGUCAGUUUAAUUGAUGGACUGCAUGUUAAUAUAAAACCCUAAAUAAAUUAUCAUAUUAGGGAGCUGUCUUGUGUUAAACAUGGUAAGUCAUACAAAAGGUACAUGGUUGGGUGAUGAUUAUGUCAGUGUUGUCAACUCUCUCAGAUAAUCCAGGAGACUCCAGAUUUUGGACCACAUCUCCCGGUCUUCAGAUUAGAGUAUGAAAUCUCCCGGAUAUUCUCCGAAGUUUGCCAUUCAGUUGUAGACUCGACUUUCCGACAAUAGACUUUUAAAUAUUUUGCUUUGUCUGAGCUAUUUUACUUAAUUUAACAUCGAAUGUUUCCUCAUAAACUUUGGUAUGGUAUAUUAUGCCAUUGCAAUGUAUGCAAUAAUGUGAAACAUUGCAAAUUUGUGACAAUCGGGUCAACGAGUAUUUUUUGCACAAAUGAUAUCAUAUACCUUAUGAUAUGACAUCAUCUAUCAUCCCUUCCCUAUCAAUUCCAAAUAUUUGAAGACGUUGGGGGUUGACAGCCCUGUUAUGUAUAGACAAGGGUUUGGAUGAUAACAUAUUCUACAGUGCCAGAUCCAGACCUUGAGAUAAGUGGGGGGGGGGGCUCGUCUAGACCCUUAGAUAUAAAAAGGGGGCCCAGUCUGACCCUUUGGGCCUCAAUUAGGUCUAAAAAUAAUCCUGUGUUUCAUCUGUAGCACUGUGACCUGUGGAAUGUCACCUGUACCAAAAGAGUUUGGUCAUUUCACAAGCCAAACGUAAGCCUGAGUCAACCACGAACCACAAGCCAAGCACGAGCCAACCUUGAGUGAAGCCCAAAUGUUAAUUUUUCCUAUUUUUGAGUUUCAUGGCCACAGAAAAGCAAUAUUACAGUAAAACCCGUCCUCUUAAGUUAACAACAGAUCACAAAGUGACCAAGCUAUUGUAACAAAGAACUGAGGAAAUAUAUACAUAUACCUCUUGUUCUUGAGUUCUUCAUUUUCUUUCUCAGAUCCAUCCCUACAUUUUCUAGCUGCUCAGGGUGAAAUUGCAAAGAUUAAAGAGGAGAUUGACAAAGGUAAAUUUAGCAACACAAAGUAGCUUGGUUUUGGGUUUGCUUAGUGUUUUCACUGACUUAAUUUUUAGUAACAAAUGUAGAGAGAUUUAGAGUCCUGUUUACGGUAAACGGCAAAUGUGAAUUUGUACCACGUUACCAAGUUUUUCCUUAACUUGUGUUCUUCUACCCCCAGAUUAGUUAUUUCAUGUCAGUUUUGUCUUGGACUGUGUUCAGCUGCACGUUUUCUGUUUUAGGAAAUUUUUAACUUGAAUCUGACAUUUGCCGUUUAUGGUAAAUGUCACUCUAAAUCUCUCUAAUGUCUUGAGAGACUGCCUCAUUCACAAUAUUGAUUGCAAUGUAGAUUUGCAUGCAAAGGACAGCAGGAAAGGGGAAUGUGGGUGAACACAUUCAGAGUUUUUGCUUUGCUCUUUAAACCAGUUCCUUUUCUUUUUUUUCCCUUUCUGUGGGUGUCACUAUGGUUGCUCUAGCUCACUGGGAGCAUUACCAGGCAAGGGAAUUCUUUGGUGGAAAACAUGCAGUGAAACAAUGUCUGCAUAGAGAGGCUCAACAAUUCUUUGUUUCUUUGUUACUGGUGAAUAUAAUAUAUUUUUGAACCUUAUCAUGGUAGGUACAGAUGUGAAUGCUGUGGAUAAAACAGGCCUGACACCCCUAGCUUGGGCAGCAGCUCACAGACAGGUCAGUUGGAGGUCUUCUGGAUAGACUACGAGUAACAGAGUGAGGCACAGAGCAGCCAUGUUAUUAGAGUCACACCAUAAGAUAGCAUGGAAUCUCUCUGCCCUCUUAACCCUACUCCCUGAGUAGAACGCUAAUAGUCAAUUGCUAUUACCAUUACCAUUACCCACAAUCCCAGAAAAAACUACUUGAGAAUGUUUUUCCCUUACGUAUACUGUGCACUAUCCUAUGCAACAAAACGUCUAGUUCCAAAACAACUACUUAGCAGAAAGAAAUCCCCUUUCCCCAGUUCAAUGUUGCUUCCUAAAAACGCCCAGGGAUUAUGCUUUUUUUUACAUUGCUUCCAGGGGGAGAGGGAGAGGGAGAGGGAAGAAUUGGUACAGCUACAAUGUUUAGAAAAAUGCUCCUCAAGUAUGUGAUUUUUUCCACAGUUUUGUCCAAGAUUGUAGGCAAGCACUAAUACCGAUUUAAGUAGGUCACAAUGGAACCUUGAUGUAAUGAAGGGCCUAGGGACUGGGAAUAAUAUUGUUUGCCAUAACAAGGUUUUGUCUGAAGCACCGUAUCUUGUCUGAGGUGGCUAACCAUGAUGGAAGAGACCAGGACUCAAAUAAAAAUUCUUGAGUCUAUCUACCAUCAUGCAUGUGACUUACCACUCUGUCUUAUAAAUUCUGUUAUGCUUUGUUUUGUGUGCGUGCUAUAGAAAGCAACCAUAACCAUACUGCUUCAGUGUGGAGCAGAUGCCACAGUAUGUAGUCCAACUGGUGAGACAGCGUUAUCAUUUGCCGCUUGUCAGGGGCAGCUGGAUGCUGUUGAACAGCUGCUUGAGUAUGGUGCAGAUCCUGAUAUUGCAAAUGUGGUAUGUAUUGAGAUAAGACUGACCUGUCAGUACAUGUCUUAUCCAUACUAUCCAGUAACUUUUACUGUUUUAAAUUAAUUGUGCUAGAAGGCAACAUUUUACCAAAAUUAAGAAACUGUUUUCAUUUAAAAGAAAUGUGCGUAGAUCUGACUGUACCCUAGGCCAGGGCUUUCCCUAAGAUUUCAAGUUUCCAGGCAAAUCCAACAAGUCAGUGUGGGAUCAAACAGCUAAACAUUUCUUUUGGUUCUUUUUUUCUUUCUAAGAUUACCUAGACAGAAAAAUAGAAGGAACUAAUAUAAACUCAACGGGGCAUGGGAUUCUCCAUGGUUAAAAUUAGUUUUAAAGUAAAGGUCUCCAUCAGGAUGAAAACACAGAAGUAAAAAUUGUCCCCCCUCUACUCCCCCCCGCCCCCCCCAAAAAAAAAACAUAAAAAGGGGAAAACCUAAAAGGAUCUGUCAGGGUCAUGUGACUUUUCAUGUUAAAUUAGCCCCGUGCAAAUUGAUGCGACAUUGUUAGCCAACAACUCUCAACAUUUUUGGGAGUUGUUGCAUCUGUUUGCACAUAGCUGAAAGUUUGGCCGGUUUCAAACUUUGCCCAACAACUCCCAACAACAAGCAACAACAUGCAACAGGGUGUGCAACAGGAUGCAACAUGUAACAUCCAAAGUUGUUGGCUAAUAAUGUUACGUCCGUUUCCACGUAGCAUUAAGCUAAGUACAAAUGGACCCAACAACUCCAAACAUUGUUGGGUCAACAAGGACAAUGUUGGGAUUUGUAGCAUCAGUGUUGGCAGUGGUGCGCCAACUCCCAACAAUGUUGGGACCUGCAGUGCAUCGUGGCAAGGAUACAACAAUACUUUGGAGACCAUGUGUAAUGCGCGUGUGUGGCCCCAACAAUGUUGGAAGAGCUGUGCAAACGGAUCCAACAUUGUUGCGCUACGCUUCGGCGAUCACGGAACAAAAGAAAUGUUGGAGUUGUUGGCUGAAAAGUUUGACCGGUUUCAAACUUUGCGCAUGCAACAUGUAACAUCCAACAAUGUUCGUCCGUUUGCACGGGGCUUUAUAUAGUUGUUACUUGCCUUGAAAUAUGUGUUUGUUAUUUGGAUUAUAGGAAGGAGGCACUCCCCUGAUGUAUGCAGCUUUUAAUGGCUACCCGCAAGUCGUCAAACUUCUCCUAGGUACGGAAACAUUUUAAGUUAAAGUAUGUUCAAUUUCUUCUUUUUUGCUUUGCCCUUCCAUCGACUCAAAGACCGCUUCUUUUGUCGCCGAAAACUGAAGCCUUUGAAUACGCUCUUUUAAUGGGUACGAUGGGUUCAUUUUUUACCAUACAUGUAUGAAAAGGUACGGUAAACUGGGCAACAAAAACAUGAAACAUAUUUUGCAACAUGAUUGCAAAACGACUUGAAUAGCGAUGUCGCGAGAGAGUAGUUCUUCUUUUUGCAACAAAAUCUGUACAUGUUGCGCGUUUUAUACCGGCCCAAGGGAAACUUGGAUGUUUUGCAGCAAGUGAGGUAACGCCCGUGUAUGGCAUAACUCCCGCGUUAUUUUAUCCAAUCAGAAGUCAGUAUUCACGCAACUUGCAACAAGCUGAUUUGUUACUAGACAGGUUUGAGCGUGGGUCAGUAAAACGCGCAACAUUGCUUUUCAACUCGUUUUGCAGCAAUGUUGGAAAACAAGUUGCACGUUAUUUUGCCCGUCCUGGCGCAAUGCAGCGUUUCAGUACUGGACUCUGAAAAUGAUACAAAAAGUUUUAACUUGUGAACGCAAAUAAGCCGUUUUCAAAUUUCAUGCGGAUCAUUCCAAACACCAAACUAACGUUAUAUUAAAAGAGCGGGUGUCACUGGACAAUUCCGAGAGUUGAUGAACCUGUGACCCUUGAAGUAAUUCCAACUAAUUGGAGACACUGCUUUCGACGAUUUUUUAGGCCUAGGUAUUUUUUUUAUUACUAUUGCUAUUAUAAAAUCUUACUCCGGACUUUCUUCAUUUUAUGUGAUUGUUUUAAGUGACAUAGUUGCUCGAAAUUGCUUAAGAGUAAAAAUUGCCAAAUACUUGAAGAAAAUUUUAUAAUGAUUCCUGUGUUUAUUUUUAUUCAUGCAAGAACAUGGGGCGGACUUAACAGCAACUAACAAUGAAGGACAAACUGCAAUGAGUCUGGCUGUAGGAGUAGGCAAUAAAAACGGUAAGUUUACCUUCAUCGACUUCCAGUGGCUUUCAUUCGGGUCGUUCAGAACGGCUUCAAAACCAAAGUUACCCAGGAAACUGUAAGCGAACCUCCUUCUUGCCUAUGGGCAGUCGUUCAAGGUGGCAAAAACAACAGCGAAAGUUUUCGCUUCCGGGUCGCCAAGAACUUGCUAAGCUACGGGCCAGUCGCUUGAACUCAGUUGGGGGAGUCAAAAUUUAUAUAGUGUAUCUCUUGGACCUUACAUAAGAAAAGACGUUCAUAGGUUACUUUUCAGUACGAUCUAACAUUCGUUGGUUGUUACACCUUCCUCCCUCUCUUUUCAGCGUGUCGGGCGCUCGAAAGGAAAAAUAAAUACAAAUCGAGUGCACGAGAACGAGAGAAAAAGCACCUCCGGAGCUUUUAUGAGAACAAUGAUAAGAUAGAAAGUGACUGUGAUUCAGCGGACUGGCUAAACUUAGCCUGCGAAAACAUUCGUUUCUCCUCGCUCUUCGCCGCUGAGGACGUAAACAACUGUGCCUUAAUAACAAGGAAGGAUAACGCUGCAUAG